GCACCAUAACGUUGGAAAGAAAAGGAAGAAGAGUAACUCAAGUGAAUCCGGUCAGACGGUGAAGAAAGAGGAGAAGUAUCUUGUCGGGAUGGUUGCUGUGACGCAGACACAUGAGGUCUGAAAGUCUGUAGCAGGAAAGCUCGGAGAUGUCAGAUCUGUCAGGAUAACAGGAAGUGGGAUGGUUCUCGCUGACUGCCUGUCAAAGCGUCAGAGAGACACAGCUCUGAAGAUUCAUGCGUUUAGAGAUCACAGCGGUGUGGACUGCUUCCUCCUCGGAGCAGAAGUGAAGAAGAAGGGGAGUAAUAAAGUCAGAUAAACAUGCAUUAGAUAAAGCAGACGGUGGAGGCCGAGUCAUGUCGGGAGGCUGAAGGUGUGUGUGAGGCAAGAAGGCUGACAAGAUUCAGAAACGGGGAGGAGGAGGAGAGUAGCUCGGUGUGUUUGACGUUUGAGGAGGAGUUACCAGAGAGAGUGGAUCUAGAUCAUGUGUGUUACAGGGUGAGGGAGCUCCUCUCAGGUGUUUCUGCUGUCAGGAAUAUGGACGAGUUGCUGCAGGAUGAAGAGGAGGCAGGAGGUGUGGGAAGGAUAACUGGAGAAAGAGCAAGCAAAGUGUCUGCACUGCGAGGGAAACCACCAUACGGGAUCAGCACAGAGCCCAGAGAGAAUUAAGGAAGUAAAAAUGAAUGAGAUCAGAGCAGAAAGGGGAUUGUCAUACGCUGAAGCUGCUAAGAGAAUGGAGAGAAACGGUGAAAUGGUGCAAAAGGAAAAGCAGCAGAAAGGAAAUGGAGAUGAGCGGAACAUCAGUGUGGGCAAGAAGCGAUUUCUGGCAUUUCUUGCCACGGUUAUAAACUGUGCUGCUGGAAUAAAGGGGGAGUCGGAAAGGAUUAAGAUGGCGCUGGACGCUGCAAGGAGGUUCCUGAAUGCUGUGGACACAUCUGGAGAGGAUCCAGAUGUUACACUGAGGGAAGGAGCUGCACCGGCUCAGACACUUGGGUCUGGGUUAGAGACUGGACUAUGGCAUGGGAGCACUUUAGGUGGACACUGUAAAUAGUUUAAACUGUGAAGCUGUUAAAAUCCAGCAGGUGGCGGUAAUGAACAAUUAGGGACGCCGAGCGCCAUAAAACUCAACAGAAGAAGAAGAAGAAGAAUGAACCAUGAACAUGUAGAUCAGCUGUCCGUCUGUUGAACUGAUAAUGAAGUUCAGACAUAAAGCUGCUCGCUCGCCUUCAAACACGGAGAAGAUGACCUGCAGCAUCCUGCUGCUCAUCACCCUGACCUCCUGCGUCUGUGGAACAUUUGUAGUGAAUGUGACACAGAGCUCCUAUCAGGCAGAGGAGAACGAGGACAUCACACUGGAAUGGACGUUCACAACCAAACCUGACAGUUCAAACUCCCUUUAUAUCUACUGUGACCUGAUUACUGAUCACAAGGUCUCAGUCCUGUAUCGUCUGCAUGAAGGUGUUGAGGUCCCAGAGUCUCAGGAUGGACAGUUUGCAGGACGAGUCCAGUGUGACAGAGACGUCCUCAGAGAAGGACGACUCAGACUUCAUGUGUCCAGACUCAGGACUGAGGACUCGGGCCUGUACCUGUGUGAAGUGAGGACAACUUAUGGUGGCAGCUUCAGUGAAUGCAGACUCACUGUCACUGCAGCGAGGGAUCGGCCCGAACCUGAGAGACCAAACACAGAAAGUCGGGGAAUGAUCGUCCUCUACUGUGUACUGGGACUGACAGCAGCAGCAGCAGCAGCAGCUGUGCUGGGUGUUUGUUACUGUUUAUUCAGACGCUUUCAACCUGGUGAACAAAGUCCACCCAGUCAGUCUCAGCCUGGUGAACAAAGUCCACCCAGUCAGUCUCAGCCUGGUGAACAAGAUUUCUCUCCAGUCUCCAGUGAUGGAUCUGAGCAAAGUUGCAGAUCAGCAGAUGGAUCAGAGGAAACAGUUUGAUCAACAAUGUAAACGAGACAAGACUGUUAGAAUUCAACUUUAUACCACGGACACAGAAAAUACCAGUUUCCCAUUGGCUGGCAGGUAAUAAAACUGUCCAUCAGAGCACAUCAAACAUACCAGCAGGUAACCAUAGCAACAACUUUGAUGCUU